AUGGCGGCCAACACCAAGUACACCGUUGCUCCGCAGGACGACCCGGACGCGGCGCAAUCAUACACCCAGGCGCCUCCGUCAUACCAGGUCGAGAGCAGCUCCGCCGACGACAACGAACGGCUGAUUGGCGGGCCGCGCAGCAGCGAGGACAACAUCCCCGAUGACUUCAAGUUUGGCGGUUCUGUCGCUGAGGCCACAAUCGACAUCCGCCACCAGUUCGUCCGCAAGGUCUACACCAUUUUGACCGUCCAGCUCAUUGUGACGGGCGCCGUCAGCUCUAUCAGCUUCGUCAGCCCAACUUACAAAGAAUGGAUCCAGUCUAAUCCGGCCUUGGUCUGGAUCUCUCUCAUCGGCGCCAUGGUCUUCAUGCUCCUCACCUACUGGAAGCGGCACUCGUACCCGACCAACCUGCUCUUCCUCUCGGGCUUCACGCUGCUCGAGGCCUACACCAUCAGCGUCAUAGUGACCUUCUACAAGGCCUCGAUCGUGCUCAACGCCGUGCUCCUGACCGCCGGCAUCUUCGUCUUCCUGACCGCCUUUGCCUGCCAGACAAAGUACGACUUCACCUCGUGGGCCCCCUACCUGUUCGGCGGCCUCUGGGGGCUCAUCCUGUUCGGCUUCAUGGCCAUGUUCUUCCCCUACAGCAGCACUGGCGAGCUCAUCUACGGCGGCCUCGCCGCUCUCAUCUUCAGCGGCUACAUCCUCGUCGACACCCAGCUCGUCCUGCGGAAGCACCACGUCGAGGAGGAGAUCGCCGCCGCCAUCAGCCUCUACCUCGACGUCAUCAACCUGUUCCUGGCCAUUCUGCGCAUCCUGAACAGCCAGCAGAGCAACUAG